AUGAAAACACGUGUCCACGGGGGCAUUUCUGCCUGCAAGGAUCUCGUGAAGCUAUGCCGUGUUCCCCGGGGUAUCACAAUCCUCAAACGGGCUCACUUAAUUCGUCUGCUUGCCAGCCUUGCCCAGGUGGAGUCUACUGCGGAGACAAAGGAACUCCUGACCUCUCUGUUCCUUGUCCUGGAGGUCACUAUUGUAGUGCUCAGAGCCCAGCAGCCGUGCCGUGCUUACCUGGCACUUACUGUCCGCCUGGAUCGGCCAAGCCGAUUCCGUGCCCUGGAGGGUCUUUCUGCCCCAUGA